CUUUACUUCUCUCCUUCCCUUUUUGAGAAAUUUCGCGGCUUCUUCUCGUCCGAAAAUACUCCCGAGAGAGAUUCUACCACGCGCGCGCCGUCGGUGGAAGAUCGUAAGGAUAAAAAAAUUCGUAUUCAAUCGGAUUGAUUUAGAUGGUGGUGACAGGCGCGGCCUCCGCCAUGGCGGCAAAACAAGCGGAGCGGUUAAAGGAAGACGGUAACAGUUGUUUCAAGAAAGAGCGUUUCGGUGCCGCCAUUGACGCUUACACGGAGGCGAUAACUUUGUCACCAAAGGUUCCUGUUUACUGGACAAAUCGAGCUCUUUGCCACAUGAAACGGAAGGAUUGGACCAGGGUUGAAGAGGAUUGUCGCAAAGCUGUUCAGCUUGAUCACAACUCCGUCAAGGCCCACUACAUGAUGGGACUUUCAUUACUGCAGAGGGAAGAUUAUGCUGAUGGAGUCAAAGCGUUGCAAAGGGCAUUAGAUCUUGGAAGAGGCGCAAACCCUACAGGAUACAUGGUUGAAGAAAUAUGGGAAGAGCUUGCUAAAGCUAAAUACAUGGAGUGGGAACUGGCUUCUGCUAGGCGCUCUUGGGAACUGAAUAGUUUGAAGGAAACUUGUGAAGCUGCUCUUAAUCAACAACGUGCUUUAGACAUGUCUCGAACAGACGAGUCCUCGGAAGAAGACUAUACUUCCCAUACUGAGCGAUUGAAAGCUCUUGAUCGAGUGUUUGAGAAAGCUGCAGAAGACGACAAACCAACUGAGGUACCAGAUUACUUGUGUUGCAAUAUUACUCUUGAGAUAUUCAGGGAUCCUGUGAUAUCUCCAAGUGGGGUUACAUAUGAAAGAGCAGCAAUCCUUGAGCAUAUUAACAAGGUGGGGAAGUUUGAUCCUAUAACGCGUGAGAAACUCGACCCAUCAAAACUCGUACCAAAUCUGGCUAUCAAAGAGGCAGUGGCAUCUUUUCUAGAGAAGCACGUCUGGGCUUACAAAGUGGGUUCCUGAAUGAGGCUUAGCAUACACACAAUGAAGUGGAAGAGAGAUCAAGUUUAACUACUCAGUGUCUGAACAAAGCAGAUCAGUGCGUUUAUUUAGUUUCGUGUGUGUGUUUCUCACUGCCUUGUAUAUAUAUUUGUUUUUGCACACAUCCGUUUAGUCUAACACACACAAACACUUUGUUUAGCCCAUGGAGGAUUUAGUCCAAAGUUCCUCUACAGUCUCAUAUC